AUGGUAGAUAACCUGCCCGCGGUUGCCACCAACGAGCUGAUUCUUCUUGCCUGUGCCAGGCUCGAAUCUCACAUGACGGCCACACUGGAUGCAUGCACUACAGCCCUAACGCCGAGUAGCCCUGUGAUGGAUCAGACAGUCUACCAAGCCACGACUAUGAGCGCCCGCAUCCUUGAUUUGUUCAUCUGCGUUCGUCAGUCGGUCUAUCGGAUACUGACUGUGACUAAGCCUUCGCCGGCGUCUCCGAACCCCACUUUGAAACUGCCUACGAAAAUGCCGGAGUGGGCUGGAAUUGAGUAA